GCACUUAAAAUAUUGUACAUUGAACGUUGUGGCUUUCCCGUUUCUCUGGUCUGACUACGAAAGUUUGAAAUAGGACUGACCAUCUUACAGACGAGUGAGAAAUGGCGCUACUAUGUAAUGGUGUCUGAAGGCGGUUUAUCGUCUGGUGGCGGAUCUAGUCUAGAAUCAUCUGAGGACUCCGAUAUCCCGGAUUCUCGUUUGGAUAAUCUUGUUGACGAUAUAAUUGGUAAACUCUCACUAUACACAACCUGCAAACAGUCUGAAAUGACCAUAAAAAAUCGAAAAGAUAGACUGAAAUCUGAAAGAGACCCUCCAGGGACUUCUACGAAUAGUCGACACAGUUUCGGCUAUAAGCCAUAUCCUUAUAGCGAAGAACGUAGGGAUAUCCUCUCUCAUCGUAACAGACACCGCUGUUCUCACCAUGAGCCCAACAUUAGUCAAGAUAUUGAAGCUCCCCACUCACCAUUAACCUACCCAUUUCCUAUUGAUGCGUCCAUUUUCCCUUCUCAUGGGGCCUUCACCCAUCCCCAACGUUUAUUAUCUCAACAACAUGAACCCCUUAACGCUAACGAAUGCAGGCCACACGUUCGAGAAAAUAAGUCAAACCAGGUCAUAUCUCAACCCAAUGUGGUAGAUGACGGCUCUGGCAACAACAGUGAGGAUGAAUACUAUUUCGGGAAGCAGGGCCGGAGGGGUUCACCUACUCAGCCUGCAGAUGAUUGUCUUGAACGGUUGCUCGCAGAAAAAAAAGGGUGGAAGUUAAUUAAAGUAGAAUCAGAUGGCGCUUGUUUGUUCCGUAGUGUUUCUCAUCAAAUAUUCGGUGAUGAAGAGAAGCACGAUCUUGUUCGUUCACAGGUUAUAGAUUACAUGGUGAAAAACAAGGAGCACUUUUCACAGUAUUUGACAGAAGACUUCGAUCACUACAUAUCACGCAAGAGGGAUGCUUCUUGUUACGGAAAUCAUGUGGAGAUCCAGGCUAUUGCAGAACUGUACAACAGACCUGUCGAAAUAUACCAUGGUUCAGUGGAACCCAUCAAUGUUUUUCAUGCUGACUAUUCCAAGGAGUUUCCCAUCAGACUAAGCUAUCAUGGCCGUGUCCACUAUAAUUCCAUAGUGGAUCCUUUCAACCCGUCAUUUGGUCACGGUCUAGGAAUGCCUAACUACCAACCCAGUUUGGCUGAACCAGACCUUAUUGCUCGCGCAAUCAGAGAAUCUGAAAGUACCCAUCUUGAAGAGGCUAUGCUACGUGAAAAAUUGACAGAAACAGAACAAGAUGCAAUUAAUCGGUGUAUUGAAGACCAAGCUGUCAGGGAAUCUUAUUUUGAUUAUUUCAAUCAGAUCUCGGUACCGAAGGUAAGGGAUUCAACUAACUCUCUUCUUUCCACACCCGACCAUCUGGAUCUACAUGGUGAUCAGCAGGCAGCAACACUAACCUCCGGACUCCCUUCAGGUUUUGAAAGAAGUUUUGACGUGGCAUCUUCAUCAAAAACUGCAGUUCCCGGUUCAAAACAGUACAGGAACCCAGUAAAUGAACCUCUACCUAGUUCGUCUCAUUCUCAAACUGAUUUGGGUUUGCGUCAUAUCCCACCCAAUAUGCUAGGUAUGUUUCUGGUCUUAUACAUAAUUAACGAGUAAGAGGUUUCGUAAUACGCAUUAAUUCAGUAUGUAGUCAAUUUUUUUGUGGUCUCAUGAUACUCUUGAAUUGUGUUGUCGGUUACUCUGUAUUAGUCAUGGUUAUCAAAUAGGUAAAGUAAAUAUGAUCUAGUUCAAAUCGGAUUACCAAAGGAUCGUCGUAAACAAUUUUAUUACAUUUUUUUUCGAACUAGUCAGUCGUGAGAAACAACUAGCAGGUAACGAAUUUUCGGGUAGAGCUUAGUAUUUUGACAUAUGUACCCACUAACAAUUUCCAUUCCCACCAGGACAGUAAAUCUACAUUUGGAUAUGAUAGACUGACAGUUAAUUAACUUCGAUCCAUUAACCACCUUAAAAUAUCUGCAUUUACAGUCAAGUCCACACUAAUUCCAGUAGUUAAUUUGUUGAUAGUAUUUGGUUCACAUGUUGAAACAGUGCUAUCUGUUGUGGAUCUGUAAAAAGGACCUAAAUAAUACAGUAGCAGUGACGAGAGAGGUUAAACGUUCGAAAUAUGGUUCAAAAAGGCAGAGAGGAAAGGUAUAUAUAGAAGGAUACUAGAAUUCAAAGUCGAGAGGGAGAUAAAUAGUGGAUGCACCUGUGUCACUAAAUGGUUCUGAUCCGUGCCAUCUAAAGUUUUUAACCAAUGGUCGCGGUUAUUGCGCGUACCCCUAUCAGGUAAACUGCAUCCAUCCACGCACAUAUUUCAGACCAACAGAGUAACUUUAUGGGCUGAUGUCGUGUUUUGGUUUGACUGUGUCUAGCUUUCUUUCAACCCACUUUUACGCUGCGUGGUGUUCUGGAGCUCAGACACACGCUUGAUUAGAUAGUGUUAUCAGCUACCAAUGAUACAAAUGUGUACGUAAUUCGAAUCCAUAUUAUCCCUUAAUGUAUGCCAGACUCGUUUUCAGUUCUUGUAGCUGAUAACUCCAUCUCCACACUGUAAAUGUAAACAAACAUCGGGUUUGCUUAAAAGUUUAUGAAUCUCAUAUAAAGUUGUGGCUUCGAGAUGAACUCAUUUAUACUGGGUUAGAUCCUCACAAUAUUCUAACGUACUAAUAUUUCCACGGGUUGUGAAUACAGUGGCGUAACUUCCUUACUGUAGGAAUUUCGUAAAAUCUUCAAAGGACAAGGAUGGAAGCGACUUUCUGAUCAAAUAACUGACCAGAUUAUUUAAGAUCCUAUCAAACUUGGUGUUCUGUCAGCUGGACAGAUAAAUAUGAACAACAUACUUUAAUGAACUGUCGCGUCACAAACUCAAUUUUAUUCCUUCCUGCUUAGGUCUAGGCAGGCAGUUAGGGUUUUUAGCUCCCUUCAGAAAAUAUCUCAGUUCAGUGCAAGAACUAGUAAUGGGUUGGAUAAAAAUAUCCCAAAUAUAUCGGUGCAAAUUGUCCCAGCAUCGUAAGGGGAGGUCACGAUACAAAAUGAAGGAUCAGAAGUAGUGAUGUCAGGAAUGCUGGGUAACCAAAAAACUAUAGUCUACACGAAACCAAUAAAAUUGAGAAGCUAGCAGCACGGAAUAACAUUAAGCUUGAAGUUUUGGAUGGUGGAUAUAUACACUAAUAUCGAUUUUGACCUGUCAGUGAAGGUCUUCAAUCAAUCUCCAACCGGAAAACUUACUUUUUCCUGCGCAGCAGAGCAGCCCAGGAUUUCGUGGGCUAGUGAUGUAGUCCUGUUAUUCUAAAGUAAGACAAUUGUACAGAUUCGUUUAUGAUUUUGCUACUAGCGACUUAAAAAGUAGUAUCUAUCGUCAUAAUGUGCAGAUUAUGUGAGAGACAUGAUGGAUCGAUCAUUUGUUCACUUUUUGCUAAACGUUAGAAGGGUGAUUCGGUGUGGUGACUUAAUCUGGCAGACAUCUCAAUUUUCAUGUUGAUUUACUAAUGACUAUCUUUCAUCCUUGAUUAAUUAUUGAAUGGCUAUUGAGUAAUCACUAGUUAUAGUAUUUUAGCUGAGUGUAUAUAGUUUCCUAAUAUAUUUCUACAUACUCAGCCAACAAGUGUUUCUGUCUCCUGAAUUCUACUUGGUUUCGUGAUCAACUUGUUAGUCCGAUUACCUCAGGUAUAUCAGUGCUCUUCAGAGUCAAUUGUUCUUCCAUUUUGCUUUGCAGAGGCUUUCUUGCCUUUUAAUUGCAUCCAAUAUCGUACUUUAGAACAAUAAAACCAUAGCCAUGUUUUAUUAGUAUUUUGUAAUUAUGAGAACCUAUUAUGAGUAUCUAUGUUUCUAAAUAUUUUUUCGCGCAAUUUUGGGAAUUUAUAUUUCCAUAGACAGCAUUAUUUAGGUGUUUUGUAAGGAAAUGUUAUAUAUCUCUUCAUAUUUUUUGAGAAUGUUUGUGCUUCUGUCUUCACAGGAAUGGAGGAAGAUGAUUUGGUUGCUAUGGUCAUGGAACAGUCCAGACGUGAAUACCUUGAAAGUCUGCGUAAUAAACAAAAACCUCAUUUUACUUCCAGUCGCUUUUCACCAGAAUCAACUCCCUCAAACUUCAAUGAGUGUGAAUCUUUUCAGAAAAUUGACGAAGGAUCGCCUUCCGAAAUGUCGAAUAACAAACCAGAUAAAAUCCAUGAUAACCCUGCUAAUUUAAAUGACAGUUACUAGAUGGUUUUUCUCAAAAGUAAAUUAAAUGGUUGAUUCAGCGACUAGGUGUGCCUUCCAGUUUUCAGUGAAUUCAAUACCAUUAUUACUUGUGAUGUAUAGAUGACUGUCUUUCUCUUGUUUACUUGAUCUUGACUUUAGCGAAUAGACUGCUCAAGCACCCAAUACACUGUACUUCCACUGCUGACUUAGGUUUAUUUGUACGAAAAAUCUGUCCCAAAAGUUGCUUCUGCAACAUCACUGUACCUUGUAAUUAUAAACUUUCGUUUACGUUAAAAUAUUUGUGUUGAUUUUUGAUCUUCAUUCUUUCCAAAGCUUACUGCGAUAAACUUGUUCAUUAUACACCUUGAGGUUCUGCCAGAAUUUGUGGUACACCAUUAUACCAUAUUUUUGUCCGUCUGGUGAAGCUGGAUAUCUACAUCCCUAUUUAUUUAGCUAUCUAUUAGAUUGAAAACGUUGAUGUAAUGUUUUAGAAGUUGCCUCACUUUAUUUUUCGAAUAAUUUUGUCUUAAUAAGUUUUUAAGUUGCUUCUUUGCUUGUCAUCGAUAUAUUUCUGCUAUUCAAAAGCUGUAUAUAAUUUUAUUAAUGUAGCUGAAACACUUUGUUCAGUUGGUUAUUUACUUUGUGUUGUUUUAUCUUAGUUUCUAGCUGUUCCAAUUCUUCCAAGUCCUGAUCAACUGUCGAGUAGUUUUUGAAUAGAGUUUAUUGCUGUAAAUAACAGUUAAUGUUACGUAGCUAUAAAUAAAUGCGAAUAGUAACAAGGUUUCGUUGGUGCGAUAGAGUAUCAAAAUAUGAAUUAUUUUGUCCCAUUAAAUUUCCUAAGCAACAUUUUGUGUUGCAGAAAUUCUCACAGAAUGAACUAAUAUUAUGAAAUUUAUUGUUUGCAAAGAUAUGAACAUUCUUAUGUAAAACUUAGCACAAGAAUUAUGAAAACUAAGCGAUUAAUGUCAAAUCAUAAUUAAUCGCAAUAAGCAUAGGAAUCUCUCUUCUAAGUCCUGAGUUUCAAUAUUGUUCCAUAACUGUUACUCCUUGAAUUCACCCCUUCCACAUUGUAUUCCCCAAAUGUUUAGUCUUUCUAACUAUAACUGAACCUUUUGUUAAUUCCAUCCGUUUGCUGUUUGUUUUCUUAAUCUCAUCUGUGUAUUUUUAUGAUACAACAACUAAGGUCUACGCACAUUUGUACUAUGCUCUAUGCUGAUAAUGACCCACUGAUUGGUUCAUAUUCCCUCAAAAUUGGACUGUCAUUUAGAGCUGGCGUCGCGAAAUCAAAUACAGAACCAUUAUUAGCUUCAUGA